AUGAAACCAACCAAGGGUAAUGACGAUGAACCUGAUGUAAUUGAUUUAACAGCAUUUUAUGGUUAUUAUGGAUCAUUUAAUUAUCCUCUUCGACCACCAUCACCAUUUGCUGAUGAUCCUCUUCGACCUCAUAUGUCAGUCAAAGAUAAUGAAACUGAUGCAGUGAUGACAUGGUCAAUACCUGCUAGACAACAAAGUCUUACUUAUAAGAUAAAUAAUACUGAGAAACCUGUUCUUUCUUCUUCCUCGGAUUCGCAAUCAUCUCAUAUAGAUAGUAAAUGGCGAUUAUCAUUGAAUAAAUUAUUAAAACGAACAAAAUCUAUUGACCGUAAAAAAGUUGUUUCAUUACCACCAAUGGACUAUUCUUAUCCAUAUGAUUUUGGUAUUGGUGAUAACACUCGAACAGAUAUAUUAACAUCACCUAGUAAUAGUAGUAAACGAGUUCAUUGGUUUGAUGAAAACGAAGAUAUAUUAGAUUCAUGUCAACGUUUUAUUGAAUGUUUAACAGUAUUAAUACAAAAUAUAAUUAAUGAUAAUAUAGAUGAAAAUAAUUAUUUAGAAAAUUGUCAAGUAUCAUUAGAAAGACUUCAACCAUUGAUUAAUUAUCAAGAAAUUAAACAAGUAUUUAAUGAUAUGAUUGAAUUAGCUACAAUACGAGAUAAAAAUCAAUUAGUUCGACAACAAAUUUAUAUUGAAAGUUUAUUACCUCGUGCUAUUCUUACUCCUUUUGCUUAA